AUGAAUCGCCCUCACCAUAGGAGAACACGAAAAAAAAGAGCGACAUUGAUCCAUUGAUUCACAGACGGAGAAACAAAGAGGAGGGUGAACAAAAAAAGAAGAAGAAAAAAAAAGGCCUGGUCGUCGUCACUGGCCAAGACUCGACCAUGCGACACCUACCACUGGCCGCAGCACUGACCGCACUACUGCUGCAAUCAAUUCCAGCCGUCAUCGCUGCCGACGAGACUCAAAAGAACGACCCCGCAACAUGCUCAAAUGUCACCAUCAAGAGUGCAGGUGACGCUCGCCACAUCGGGCUCGCCUGCACCACCAUCGUCGGCGACCUGCAUCUUUCGCCUGACCUCAAUGAAACCGUCACCCUGAAUGGGAUCGAAAAUGUCACCGGCAGCGUCCUAUUCAAGGGCCGCUGUCAGUUUGAAGGAUAUUCAGACGUUCCGACCCAAAGCUCAGCCGAUCAAUGCGGCGACAUACCCGAGCCGUUCUCGUUCCGGAGCACGUCGCUCCGCGCGAUACAAGGCAACUUUACCAUCAACACGUGGCUCGGUCUGAGCAACAUUGAACUGCCACUCCUGCAGCGAGUUAUGGGAGAGUUUAACCUACGGAGCCUCUUGAACCUAACCCAGCUUGACGUCAGCAGCCUGGCUCGCGUCGGCGAUUUUAACCUCGAGGCCCCCAGGCUACAGGACCUCAAACAUGACGGUCUGGAGGGCUUCACCAAGGCGACGGCGAACCUCACCGUGAGGUCCGCGGACCUUGACUCGCUCGACAGCCUUCUGAGGCCGCGCACCAAGGCAGUCGCCAAGUGGCCCGAUCAGCCCGACGACUGGCCGCUAUUCCGCACGCCGCAGUCGGUCGCGCUCUACACCGAGGACAUGUCGAGGCUGGCCAACAUGACCAUCGCGUGGCCGAAACUCGUGACGCUGACCAUCAACCCCGAUUUCGUCAACGACACGGUCCUCAGGGAUGGGGUGGCCCCGCGCCUCAUGCUCGGCUCGGGGGAGGGGAAUUCCACAACCAUGUCGAUCCGGGAUUUGGUUGUCCAGGGUGUGGAGACGCUCGAGCUGCACUCGUCGCUGACGGGGGGAUUGGUGGAUGGGCACAAGUUUCAGCUGGCGUGGACAAACACCCAGGGUAACUUCAAGGUUCCGUUUAGCAACUUGACCAUCCUGGACGUUUUUGGAAACGACAAGAUGGAGUCAAUUGAGCUGCCUUCGUCCGAAGGUAUUGUGCGCAAUCUUGACGACCUGCAGAUUUCUGGCAAGGGUCUGCUGGUAGACAAGCUCGUCUGGCCCAAGGAUAACAUGUCGACGGUGAAACUGACAGGGAAGAUCCAACAGGCUGCAUUCGUCUCUUUCCUGCAAGACAGGAAUCCAGACGACGUCAACUCGACGACCAGACCUCUAGUCACAGACUUUGCCGUCACGGGACAUGCCGGGUCCAACUUCAGCUGCGAGCCGUUUGACAGGCUAAAGCAGCAAAAUGUCAUUACGGGCGAGUACAGUUGCUUAAUUCAAAGCGCCGCCUCGCGGUCAGUGUCGGUGACUUUUUCGACUGCGAUGGUGCUAGCGACAAUUAUAUUUUUGCUGAUGAGCUGAGCGGGGACUCUAGCCCAGGAAAGAGAGUAAUGAAUGAUAAUGAUACCAUUUAUAACAAGGCAUUUGGUUUUUUUUUUUUUUUUCGGGCAUCAUAUUUGCAUAUACAGUUUUGCAUUUUGUUUUUCGGUCUCUUGUUUUCUCAUUUUCAUUUUUUCCAGGAUUCCCACUUGAGCGACC